GUUCCCGCCCGGCUCCGCACGCGGGGACACGCGUGGGCGGGCGGGGACGCGGCCGCGGCCCGGACUACGGCUCCCGGCGCCCCGCGCGGCCGUGGGAGGAGCUGCCCGGGCGGAAGCGGCGGGACGAGGCGGCGCGGGACGAGCCCGGGCCCGGGGACCCCCGCCCCACGCGGUGGAGGCGGCCAUGCAGCAGGACGGGGAGAGGACCCGGGCUCGACCGCGCAAGCCCGACAUGGCCCUGUACGUGCCCAAAGCACGCCGGGAGCGGGCGGCUGGCGCCGGCACUGCGCUGCCCACGGGGCACCGGAGGGAGGAGGAGAAACCGUGCCAGCCACCGAAGGAGCUCUCCAGUGGCCACAGCAAGAGGCAGAGCCCCGGUGCCCGUGAGCGUUUGGCUGGAGACAGCCGGAGACCAGACGGGAAGGCGAGGAAGGGGCUGCCCCGUGGGGACGUGGCAUCAGGCAGCCCAGGAGCACGUGGCCGGCGCCCUCCAGUUCCCAGGCAGCAGCAGGAGGACCCGUCCCUGUCUCGCUGCCCGCGGGAGCAGGCCGCUGCAGGGAUAGGGGACAGUGGGGACAGGAGCCGCGGGAGCCCCGGCUUCCAGGAGCCGCGGGCUGGCAUUGCCUCUUCUCGUCCCGCAGAGAGUGCUCCGGCGGCCCUCUCGGCAGGGCUGGGCUCUUCCUCCGAGCCGGGGCACGGCACGGCUGGUGACAGAGCAGAGCGGGCAGGCGCGAGCAUCCCGCGUCAGGCAGAGCAGAGCCCGGGCUUUGCGGCGCUGCCAGCAGGCAGGGAGGUGGGGAGUGUGCCGGAGGCUGCAGCAGGGAGCGAGGAGAAGGCGCGUGAGCUCACGGCGAGCAUGUGUGAUGUCACAGGGGACAGUGCCCUGGCUGCGAGCACAGGUGGCUCAUGUGAGCACUCAGUAGGUAGUGUCCUGGAGCCAACAGAGGUGAACAGGGAAAGCCCCCCUGAGCUCGCCGAGAGGGAUGCGUGUAGUGCAUCCAAGCUCGCAGGGGAGAGUGUCCCGGCUCCAGCAGAGCAGAGCAUGUGUGGUGCACUUGAGCUUGUAGGGGAGUAUGCGGGAAGCGCGUCUGCGGUCUCAGGGAAGGACCUGGACAUGAGUGGGGAGAGCGCAGGCAGCCUAUCCGAGCUGCUAGAGGAGAGCGUGGGGAGUGCGUCCGAGCUCGUGGGGGAGGAUGUCCCCAGUCACGGAGCGCAGGGCAUAGGUUGCACCGGUGAGCUCCCUGGGGACAAUGCAGGGAGCACAUCUGAGCUUGCAGAAGAGAGCGUCCCAGCUCCAAUGGAGCAGAGCAUGUGUGGUGCACUUGAGCUUGUAGGGGAGUAUGCGGGAAGCGCGUCUGCAGUCUCAGGGAAGGACCUGGACAUGAGUGGGGAGAGCACAGGCAGCCUAUCCGAGCUGCUAGAGGAGAGCGUGGGGAGCACGUCCGAGCUCGCGGGGGAGGAUGUCCCCAGUCAUGGGGCACAGGGCAUAGGUUUCACCAGUGAACUCCCUUGGGACAGUGCAGGGAGCACAUCUGAGCCUGCAGAAGAGAGCGUCCUGGCUCCAACAGAGCAGAGCGUGUGUGGUGCACUUGAGCUUGUAGGGGAGCGCACAGGCGGCACAUCUGCCAUCUCAGGACAAGACCUGGACCUGAGUGAGGAGACCACGGGCAGCCUGCCCGAGCUUCUAGAGGAGAGCGCGGGGAGCGCAUCCGAGCUUGCAGGGGAAGGCACCCCCUCUCAGGGAAGGGAGCUCGCCAGGCUUGCAAUGGAGUUUGCAGGCUUGCAUGCAGGGAGCGUGGCGGAGCGUGCGGGGGGCCUGGCAGAGCUUGUAGGUGAGAGUGCAAGUCAGGUGCCCCCCUGUGCAGCUGGGCACGCUGCCGGUGUGCUGGGCCAGGCGGGCGGAGGCCUGGGUGAGCAUGGAGAGGAGGGAGCAGACAGCACGUCUGCCUGGGCCGGCUCAGGCGUCGGGGUCUCUCCGUGGGGGGAGUUCGAGGCCAGCAGCGGGGCAGGCGGACACGCCAAGGGGGUCUCUGGCUGUGCAGUGACAGGCGCGGUCCAGGGGUGCCCUCAUGCAUGCAUUGAGCUUGCCCAGUCUCCGGCAGUGCCGUGCUGCCCCUCGGACAGCGCGGAGCCGCUCUCGGGGGACGGCUCAGCUGUGGAGCAAGAUGCCAGCACGUCGAGUCAGCCAGGCUCGGACGGGGGAUCAGCAUCAUCCUGCCGGGAGGGAGACAGCCCCGGGGCCCCGAGCGAUGGCAGUGCUGCGGCCGAGAGCUGGGACGCCCUGUUCAACGACGACGGCGACUGCCUGGACCCGCGGCUGCUGGAGGAGCUGUCGGGCGGCGACGAGCCCCGGCACGGCGUGCAGGAGCCCCGCUUCGACUACUACAGCCCCCGGGCGGCCGAGCCGGACCUGAGCGACGCGGAGCUGCCCCACGUCAUCGAGAUCUACGACUUCCCGCCAGACUUCCGCACCGAGGACCUGCUGCGCGUCUUCUGCGCCUACCAGAAGAAGGGCUUCGACGUCAAGUGGGUGGACGACUCGCACGCCUUGGGGAUCUUCUCCAGCCCCAUCACAGCCCGCGACGCACUGAGCAGCAAGCACCUGAUGGUGAAGACGCGGCCCCUGUCCCAGGGCACCCGAGCUGCCAAGGCUAAGGCCAGGGCCUGUGCUGAGUUCCUGCAGCCGGUGAAGGAGCGCCCGGAGACGUCGGCGGCCCUGGCCAGGCGGCUGGUGAUCGGCGCCCUCGGUGUGCGGAGCAGCCAGAGCCGAGCUCAGCGGGACGCUGAGCGCAAGCAACUGCAGGAGGCCCGAGAGAGGAAGCGCCUGGAGAACAAGCAGCGGGAGGACAUCUGGGAAGGCCGGCAGUGAGGCGGCUGCCGGGAAGAGGCUGCCCCGCUGGUGCCAGCCGGACGCUGGGUCCGGGGUUCGAAUGCUGCAGCAGCACUGUCAGCCCAGGGAGCAGGGGCAGGCGGUCCGGUCCAUCUGGGCUCAGAGGGAGCCUCUUGGUGCAGCCAGGGCUCCUGCCCCAGCCUGAUACCGCUGUGUGGGGCUGCAGGGUGGGCACUGCCCACCAGGCCCUUCUCCAGCUCUCCUGCACCCUGGGGGCUGCUGCCCUAAGGCUGGAAGAGUUGUGGUGCGGGGUCUCGCGGCUGGGCUGGGCUGGAGAGACCCUGAGCCAGGGACCCACGGCGCCCGCCUGGUGCUGCCCAGCUCCAUCUCAGGGUCAUUGCCCCGGUGCUGCAGCCGGGGCCAAGCAAAGAGCUGGGGGCUGCGGGAGGCCAUUGCUGCCCUACGCCGAGCUGCUGGAGCCACAAGGGAGCACCAGCCUGGAGUCCCUGCAGAGCUGUGAGUGUGCAGAGUCGCUGUCCUUUAUUUUCCUAUUAAAUGCCAUUUAUUUUA